AGGAAAAAACAAAGAGAAAAAAGAAAGGAAAAUUCAUCUUUCUCUCACUCAAAAGCCUACCAAUUUCUGCAAAUGGUGACGACGGUGCCGGACAAUCUAAGCCGUGACCAAUCCGUUUACUUAGCCAAGCUUUCCGAACAAGCCGAACGCUACGAGGAGAUGGUCAAGUACAUGCAAAAACUCGUCCUCGGCUCAACUCCUGCUGCCGAACUCACUGUCGAGGAACGGAACCUUCUCUCGGUCGCCUACAAAAACGUGAUCGGCUCUCUACGCGCCGUGUGGAGAAUCAUUUCUUCCAUCGAGCAGAAAGAAGAAGGUCGUAAGAACGAGGAACCUGUUGUGCUCGUUAAGGAGUAUAGAUCGAAGAUCGAAGCUGAGUUGUCGGAUGUUUGCGCUAGUAUAUUGACUUUGUUGGACUUGAAUCUGAUCCCUUCUGCUGCGGCGAUUGAGUCCAAGGUUUUUUAUUUGAAGAUGAAAGGGGAUUAUCAUCGGUAUAUAGCAGAGUUUAAGGUCGAUGAUGAGAGGAAAGCGGAUGCUGAGGAUACAAUGUUGUCUUACAAGGCUGCUCAGGAUAUUGCGCUGACGGAUCUAGCUCCCACGCAUCCAAUCAGAUAAAUAAAUUCCUUUUUU